UGAAGUAUUUUUUUACUUUGAAACUUUGCAACAGUACUUUUUUGUGAAAACUGGAGGUAAGAUGGAUGGUUGAACACAAGGGUAAUAAUUGAAGAUUAAUAUCUUUUGUGUUUGCUUCAGGAAAGAUCAGCUUCCUCUGAUGACAACAAAAACAGAAAAUAAUGACAAGUUUUUAAGCUUCAGAUUGUAUUUAUUUUGAAAUGACCCUAAUCUGACCGUCACUGCAGCGUAAUCGCAGAUUAAACGCCUUUGAAAGAGAUUAUCAGUAAAACAUUUGGAGCUAAGAUUCACCGCACUAGCCUUCAAAUGAAAUAAUUAGUUGUUUGUUUUGAGCACAAGAAAAGUUUCAUUCUUGAUCUCCGUGGACCAAAUUAGUGAAACUAACAAGGUAUUUUGGAAUGACUUUGGAAUGGCUUGGUCUCCUGGGAGAAGCCGGUUUUGGAGUAAACAUGAAGCAGACCCUCUACUGUGCGAGUCGGAGCAUCGGGUGAGCUGAUUCACUUCUGCAGACGCUAAAAGUGAUGAGUUGUAACUCAAUGAUCGGAGAGCUUUUAAUCAGACCUCCUAACAGACGACUCCAGCUAUGUCUUCUCUCCAGACUGUGUUGAACAGCUCUGCCAUCAUUCACCCUCCAGGCUUCUACAUCAUUGGAUUUGAUACUUUUCCUUUUAUCAGCACAUACUUCAUCUUCAUGGCGUUUGUUUACGUGUGCACGGUGCUGUUUAACUCUCUGCUCAUCUACAUCGUUGCUGUUAAUCAUUCUUUACACACUCCCAGGUUCUUGGCCAUUGUCAAUCUGUCGGUGGUGGAUCUGUUCCUGAACACGUGCACCAUACCUGGGAUGAUAAAGAUCUUUCUCAUCAAAGAUAACUUUAUUCCUUUUAAUCUGUGUUUUGUCCAAAUGUAUGUUUAUUACGUAUUAGCAGAGCUGGAAUCCAUCGCACUCACCAUACUUGCUUACGAUCGGUUGAUUGCCAUUUGUUUCCCUUUAAGGCAAAACUCAAUCAACACAGUGCGGAGGAUGGUUGGUAUCAUCAGCAUCACCUGGUGUUUCUGUUUGGGUUCCACUGCAUUUGUCACAAUUAUAAUGACUCAACUGUCCUUUUGCAAGUCUGUGCGAGUGUUCAGUUAUUUCUGUGACUAUGCACCUGUGUUUCGACUUGCCUGUAACGACAACUCCUUGCAGUGGACUGCAGCAUCCGUCCUCUCCAUGUCCCUCCUCGGAGGUCCCUUCACUUUCAUUCUCUUGACCUACGUCAGCAUCCUGGUGACCGUGUUCAGGAUGAAAUCUGUGGAUCGUCGACUAAAGUCCUUGGCCACUUGCGUGGAGCAUAUUAUUGUUGUUGCUGUGUUUUACAUCCCUCUGUUUGUUAUUUUCACUAUCGGGUUUUAUGUAGGCGCGGUGGACCCAGACCGGAGGGUUCUGAGUCUGUCCCUGGCCUCCUGCAUCCCUCCUUGUAUUAAUCCUGUUGUCUAUUCUUUGAAAACCAAAGAGAUCAAAAUCAGAGCAAUGGCGCUGUUUAGAGUAAACAGAGUUAAUGCAAACAAAUGAUAAGAAACACUAAAGAAGACUACAGAUUUUAAAACUUCAUGUGAGUUCAUAAGUGAAGAUCAGAAUGAAAAAGUCUUUUGAACAGAGAAUGGUGCAUUUUCUUCAGUGUAGUUCCAACUUUAUACUUUCAGCUCACACUAGAAGAAACUCAUGCUGUACAUAAUAAUUUCCAAUUGAACUUUAGGAAGAUCUGUUCUGCUUUAGCUGUGGAUUACUGAAU